UUCUUUCAUCUUGUCCAAUUUAUUUCUUAAAGAUACAAACUUAAGAUUUUUAGAAAUACAAAAAUAAUUGAUCAAUUUGAAAGUUUUAUUUAAAGAAAUUACAAUCUUAAAAUCAUCUAAAUCACAAUACUAUAAAAAUCUAAAUUUCUUCCAUUAAAAUCAUAAAAUUGAGUAGAAAGAAGUAGUAUUCAAAAAGCAAACAUUAGAAAUAGAAAUCAAUUACAAAUUGACCGAGAAAUAUUGCCGUUGACCUUUAAUGAAAUAGACAGAAAUAAUUUUUAAUACUUACCCCAUUGAUCUUUAAAUCUCCUCCUGGCUCCGUGAUUUAACAAGAAUUAGAUUUUUACUUCACGUCUAUUUAAAUACCUGAAAAUUUUAUACAAUUAUAUUUUUCUAUUACGUAAGAUAAUGCGUGUACGAUUGCACAGAUUGUAACAUGGAUUUUUAAUAUAAGCACGCAUGGUGUUUUGAUAAAAAUUACAUCAACCAAAGAAUCAAUACGGAUUUGUUGUUUGAAUUUCCCGCGUUCGACGCGAUGCGCAAGAUGGACUGAAGAGGGUACGCACGGUAAACAGCGCAGAACCGCGGAGUGGGAACACCACGUUAACCCUCGACUCGCGGCUCAAACGGACUUCGCCCUCCGACUACGGCUUCCUAUUGUUGUUCGACUUCCUAGCGAAUUUUUCUACACAUGGUUCAAUCUAUCUCGGCCGUGUAGAGAGGCGUACGAUUAAACAAAUAAAGAGAAAGGGAAAAAUGAAGGGUGUUAGGAAAAAAAGGAACAGAGCUGCCGAACACCGCGAGAUAUCCACGUUCUGUUGACGUUCGCGUGGUUUUUCCUUUGGAGAUCGCGCGUUUACACUCUCUUACGUCCCGACACUGAUAUGCCAGCCGUUAAAUACGACGUUAUCGUUAACGUUCAUUUAACAUAACCUCAAAUUUCCCCGUGAUCGCACUACGCUUCAGUAACGUCGAGGCGUUUAAUGUCAACUGUGCCGAAUGUGUGAGACAAGAUUUUCGACCGAGCGACAGAUGCAUCAACGCCUUCAUUGCUCUUUAUUGCACGUAAGUUAUGUUUCAGGAAGAAACAAUUAAUCCUCGUGAGGAUGAUUUGCUCUGCUAUAUUAUUCACUUCUAAUGGGAAAGAGUGUUGGUAGCACCUAUAACGUGACAACUACAAUGGCUAUGAGACGCAUGACAACUACAAAAAAGCUUUUACACAACACUAUUUUUAGCCGAACUUACAUGUGUAUGAUGUAAGGGACUCGUUAGUAUGCUGGAUAAGCGGCGGCUCCAUGCCUCCGGUACGUCGCCUUACACUCUGAUUUUCGUGGUCGCCUUGGCACUGACUGGAUGCUUCUCCUUCUGGCUUCACAUCGACAGCUCCGGUUCACCGACGCCGUACAGCAGCGGCGCGUCGGCACCAGGAUAUCUGCUAAUCCUUCCCGGGAACGUGACGCCCUCCCCGCAGCCGUAUUUAUUACACGAACUUCCGUUCGGUGACAAAUCCACGCUGAUAGACAUAAAGAACUUCCGGUUCACGAUCAACAAUGAUCCGUGUAACCGGACUCACCCGUUGUUGCUGAUGUUGGUCCACUCGGCUCCCGAGAACUUCAUCAAGAGAAAUGUGGUCCGGGAGACAUGGGGUCAGCAAUCUCCGGACAUGGAACUCCUCUUUUUUGUCGGUUCGUCUGAUGAGUAUCAGACAAUGCUGGAAGAAGAGAACAAAAAAUACAAAGAUUUGAUACAAGGCAACUUUCUCGAUGCCUACAGAAACAUGACUUACAAGCAUGUGAUGGCAUUGAAAUGGGCUACGUAUCAUUGUCCAAGUGCCAAAUAUAUAUUAAAAUUAGAUGACGAUGUUUUUGUUCAUAUACCUGCCAUGUUGGAUUUUUUGACGCGUGAUCUAUCACCAUGGGGAGCCAGACGAUUGAUCUUAUGCGAUCUUCUGUCCACGGGUACCGUGAAGAGAUCGUGGCGUUCCAAAUGGAGAGUCUCCCCUCAAGAAUAUCCUGGUAGACAUUAUCCUGCAUAUUGUGCCGGAUGGGCUAUACUCUAUUCCCCUGAUAGCGUAUUUCUUUUGUAUCGUGAAGCGCAGAAAGAACCAUACUUCUGGAUCGACGAUGUUCAUAUUACCGGGACGUUAGCUAGGAAAGUAAAUUUAACACAAACCUCUCUACAUUACUUGGUGCUAACUAACGAGAACAUGCAGGACCUUCUAUCAAAUCCAAGUUCUCAUAGGGAGUUUCUGUUCGGACCUCCAAAUCUCACUGAAAACGAAAUAAGAGCCUUACAGAGUCUGGUUAUUAAACCACGGCCUAGCAGCGAAAGCCUAGUAAAUUGAAACACUUCGGAUGACCGAAAGAUAUUUAUGCAUCUGUGUGAUCAUUUUUAUUUUUAACACAACUUUUCAGACGAAAAAGGCAACAUUAAAUUCUUUGUUGCCUUUUUAAUAAAAACUUCAGGUAAAUUCUUUGUUGCCUUUUUAAUAAAAACAAGGACAGGAAAUUUCUCCUCAAGCAAAAUAUGUUGAUGUUUAAAUGUUAUUAACAAUAGGCAGAUGCAUAGAUCUUUUUCUUAUUUAAUGCGAUGAGAAAAGUUCUCUGCUAUUCAAUAUUUUGCACACUUCUCAUACAAUUUCAAUUCUGUACAAAUAUAAUUCUCUCUGUGAGUGUUCAAUUUUGUGCACAGUAUUUUUACAGUAUCAUGCUGCGUUGCAAAAGAGAUUUUUUCUAAAUAUCGAGACAGGCAUUUCGUGGUGAUAUUAAAUUUUUUUUGUAGUAAUGAUACUUACUAUAGUAAUUCUUUUUGAUGAUAUUGUAUCUCUGUAUAACAAUUAUUUUUAUUUUACUUUAAUCACGUGAUUUUUUUCUUUUUUCAAGUAUGGUUUAGGUUACUAAUGGCACUUUAGCAUCUUAA